ACAAAAGGUAUCAAUCAGUCGGUCACAAGUAGUCGUUGUGAUCGGGCGUCUACGUGACUUACUUCAAUUACAACUUUGCUCUCAUCAAUUGAAGCAUCAAAUAUAACUAUUGUUCACUUAUAAUUUACAAAGAGAAAUAAAUUUAUAUAAUUCAACAUGUUUUCUACAAAGAAAAGUGUAGAGAAAUUCUUGCAUUUGUACAAAAAUGAGCUGCGUCGGCACAUCAGCAAGACAACCAGUGUAACAAAUUCGGAUGCAAUGGUACCCAGAUUGGACCAAAGCAACGUCACAUUGAAGCAAAACGAUGAUGCGGGAUCUAAGAGGUUGCUGAAGUUGCAGAAAUAUCACAGAUUCCUGUCGACCCUCACAUCUCAGCAAAUGCCACUGGCAGCCCGUGGACUGGCCGUCUCCAAAGACCAGUCCCGGGAGUUCAUGGCUUGCUUCCCGGACAUCGUGAGGGACCUGACUGAAACUGGCAAGCAUAUUGACGUGCCUGAAGCCAGCAAGUGGUUGGCCAAGUUGCUUCAAUACACUGUUCCAAAUGGAAAAAAAAACCGCGGAUUGGCAACCGUUCUUGCUUACAAAAUGUUGGAAAAGCAAGAUAAUUUGACACCGGAAAACAUUCAUCUAGCGAACAUCAUGGGAUGGUGCACAGAAAUGUUCCACACACACCAAAUGCUGGCCAUCGACAUGAUGGAGGGUGCUGAGAUGCGGCGCGGGGUUCCGUGCUGGCACCGGCAGCCCAACGUUGGGCUGGGCGGCAUCAACGACCUGGCGCUGGUCAACGCGGCCAUGUGUUCCACACUCAAGAGAUACUUCUCCAACAAGCCCUACUAUAAGAACGUACUGGAGAUGUUUAAUGAGAUGUUGGUGAAAUGUUCGAUCGGCCAUUACCUAGAGUUGCAAAUGAAAAAGACGGACAAGCCGGAUCUAUCGCUGUUUACAAUGGACAAAUACGAGGCGAUUACGAAGUACAAGACGUCAUACUACACGUUCCAAAUGCCGGUCGGACUCGCUCUCCUGAUGGCGGGAGUGGACGACCCAGAGACACAUAGACAGGCAAAGACAAUUUUGUUGGAGAUGGGCGAGUUCUUCCAAAUUCAAGAUGACUUCCUUGAUUGCUUCGGGGAUCCGGCAGUAACCGGGAAGACUGGAACGGAUAUUCAAGACGGUAAAUGCACCUGGUUAGCAGUAGUUGCUCUACAGAGAGCGACCUUCGCGCAGCGGCAACUCAUGGAAGAGCAUUAUGCCAGCACAAAACCUGAAGAUGUCCAGAAAAUCAAGGACCUGUACGAAGAACUACAAUUACCUCACACAUACUCUGUAUACGAAGAGGCGACUUACGACCUCCUUAGAACACAAAUACAGCAAGUCACCAGAGGUCUACCUCAUGAUUUUGUUCCACAACAGCAGAGCUAUAAGAUGUCAACGAAUGCCUCCAUAUCGGAGAUGCAGAGAGAAAGAGAAACUUUUCAAGAUUUUCUACCAGGCCUCAUCGACACCUUGAUGACACAGUCAAAGUUUGCUGACAUUCCUGAAGUAGCAGUGUGGACGAAAGAGGUAUUGCUUUACAAUUUGCAAGGAGGCAAAAAGACCAGAGGCCUCACCGCGACAUACGCAUAUGAAACUUUGGAAAGGCCGGAAAAUAUAACUGAGGAAACUCUCAAAGUCAGCCGAGCUAUGGGUUGGUGCGUUGAAAUGCUGCACGCGUACUUUUUGGUGAUGGACGACAUAAUGGACGGUUCGACGAAGCGACGCGGCAUGCCGUGCUGGCAUCUGAGACCCGACGUAGGGCUGGGAGCGAUAAACGACUCCAUACUAAUAAACGCCUCUAUAUACGAGACCUUGAACAAGAACUGUGGACACUUGCCGCUGUACCGGAACAUUGUGGACCUUUUUAAUGAGGCCAUUCUAUAUACAUCGGUGGGACAACACCUCGACUAUACGAUGGCGCAUCGCAACAAAAACGACUAUAGUCUAUUCACCAUAGAGAGAUACAGCUCUAUAGUGAAGUACAAGACUGCGUACUACUCGUACAAACUGCCCGUGUGUCUCGGACUGUUGCUCGCCAAUAACGCCGACCAAGAAACGCAUAAGAGGGCGGAAGAGAUCUGCUUGCAGAUUGGACAUUUAUACCAAAUGCAGGAUGACUUCAUCGAUUGCUUCGGCGUGGAAAAGGUGACGGGCAAAAUCGGCACCGACAUCCAAGAAGGUAAAUGUUCUUGGCUAGCCGUUCAAGCAUUGCAACGGUGUUCGCCGAAUCAACGGAAAGUGUUCGUCGCGUGCUACGGAAGCUCCGAACCAGCGCAUAUAGAACGAAUCAAGCAAUUGUACAACGAUUUAGAACUACCCGCGAUUUACCAAGCCGAGGAGAGGGCGCGGUACGAUUCAGUUGUUCACAGUGUGAGAAAUCUCGCUGAAAUAGCGUGUAUGCCACCGGAUUUGUUCCUCAAACUUCUCGAUAUGAUUUACGAAAGAAAGAAUUAGAUUAUUAUUAUAUAAUACGUUCAAAGUACAGUCUGAAUGUAAUAUAGCUAUGUUAUAUUAUUAAAUAAUGUUUAAUUUAUUCGUUUAUUUUAUCGUAUAUAGCAGCGUUUCCCAACCUUUUUCAGCCACGGACCCCUAGGAAAUCAAGCACAGUUUUCAUGUACCCCCUUAAUAAAAUAAACAGUGUCCCGGUCAUAGCCCGAGCAACACAAACUAGUCACAAGUAAUUUCAUGAGUGGAAUAGAGUUGUUUAGUACUUCAAAUAUUACUUCACAUGUAGUGUGCGAAGGCAGAGGUAAACAAAAUAAAAAAACAUAUGCAAGCAAGUUUGCAUCAUUUCUAAUAUCUGUGCUCUCAUCAGAAAAGAAAAAAAUCUGCUCGCUUUAAGUAAGCGUAGCGUUUACGGGAUAUUAGCAUUUAUGUAUGAUCCAGAGAUGACACCGCGGACCCCCAUACACAUACUCGCAGACCCCCAGGGGUCCGCGGACCAAAGGUUGGGAAACUAUGGUAUAGAGUACACAGUAAGUGUUGCCGCACACGGGCCACACGCGACAGCCACAAACGCCGCUAUAAGAAGCAUGAAGGGGCUGCAAAAGUAGCUGAAUCGCGUAACAGCCACUUGUGGUCGGUGGCUGCUACUUUUUUAACACGUUCGAUGGAACUUUAUGUGGUACGGUACGAACCGUACCACAUAAAGUUUUAGUAUGAGGUCAAAAAACCUCGUAACACAACAGAGGAAAAUACAGAAAAAUCAGUGCCGCAGCGAACGUAUUAACCCAUAUAUGCAGUAUCAUAAUGGCGCGAGUGGCGUGUGGCAGCGUUUAGUGGCCGGUGCGGGCCACAAAAAGCGAGCAGUGACUGUAGCGUGUGGCGGCCACCGGCGUCAACCGUGUGCGGCGAGUCCAUAUAAAAUGUAUGAAGACUACAGGAUAUAUACCGGUAGCGGCGUUUUGUGGUUGUGGCCGGUAACCCGUGUGCGGGAGCCCUAAGUACUACGUUGUCAGUCACGUUGAAAAAGUGCCACAGCAACGUGGCUUAUCCAAUGUCAUAAAGCACUCUCCACACACAGCAAUAAUUUUUGCGACAAUAUUCGCGGAGACGUAGCGGAGCUUGUAGCCCAAAACUGGCGUAAAACGACCUUACUUAGACUUAGUAAAACUAUAGGCGAAUAUUUCGCCACAUAUCGUGGUGACUCUAAUAACCGUCUCGUGUUUCGUAGGGAGAAAACUCCAUUAGAAUGCAGAUUCUGUGUGUAUGACGAUUAAAUUGUGCAGUACGUAAAGCCGGGUAGGCUUUAUUGUCGUUUCUUCUUGCUAUUGUAACAAGGACGAUCACGUAAUGCAAUGCAUGGAAAGAUGCUAUAAAUGAUUAUUUUAUCGUAAUCCAACAAACAUCAAUAUUUCAUUUUUUAUUUAUAAGUUUGUUCAAUUGAUUUAUGUUUCUUCAUCGCAAGUAACAGAAAGUAAUGUCAUAAAUCAAGUGACGGUCUUAUUCACUGAAAAAUAAAGUCUUCUUUACUACUUACUACUUUUACUGUUACUUUAGCACCCCCGGUGACGCCGUAGUGGUUCCGCAGGGAGCUAUCGGCACCUACUCAGACAGGGAAAAAAAAAUGUUACUUUAGCUUUACAUGAAGAAACUGGCUGUUAGACAUAAUAUUGAUAAGUUUUACUUGGACAGCGAAAUAUCUUUAAAAUAAGUUUACAUUAUUCAAUGGCAAAGUCAAUAUUCUCUAGUCGAACAUCUUCUGUAUGCGACCAACAAUAUACGAUGCUACGAUUAUAUACUCGUACCUAUAACAAUAUACGAUGAUAUACCUACUCGUACUUAUCUAAUCGAAUCUAACAUAAGAGAACUGGACAAAAUGUCAACCAAUAGUGGCGAAGUAGUCCCAGUCACAUCUCUUUCACCUUAACCUAACAAAUAAGAUAGCUAUAUUUUCGGUUGCGCUUUGCUAUUGGUUAACAUUUUGUCUAUUACUCUUCAUGUUUGGUCGCAUGUUAGGCAUACAGACGAAGCUGAUUUAAUUACUUGAAUUUCUGAAAAGGAAAGAUAAAGGAAUUUUUUCAAAGGAAGAACUAUACACAUGUAUAUUACAAAAGUGUAUUAUUAUCUCCUUACCUGUUUACAUUUUUACAUAUAAGUACAGAUAUAUUAUAUUAACGACACAUUAAUAAUAAUUAGUUUGUCUCCAUAAAAUACAUAAAAAAUAUAAGUACAUCCAGUUAAAAAAUAAAAUUGCAUAUCAUGUCAUGCAAUGGACAUCCAUUGCUGAACAACGGCCUCUAUUAGGGACUUCCAAACAACAUGAGCCGCCAGUAUCACACGUCUAUACUUGCAACCCGCUUGGUAUUCGGUCAUCAUGGGUGGGUAAUCCGGGGUCAACAUUCUAGCACAUUAUAUAACUAGAAUAUAAUUCCAAUGUAUGUUAUUUUUUUUUUUAAUUUUUGUCGACCUUUCAGUUGCUCUAAAACCAUACCAUGUAUAAAUAAUACAAGCACAUAAAACGCGCACUUUGUUGUACACCGGCCUACGGCCAGGGCUUUGUGAUAGGGCCUCAAACCAUGGCUUCGGCUGGGCAUUCUAAACGCGCAACUUCCGGCCGCGCACCGGCAUUUUAUCCAAGCACAAAAAACGCGCGGCCUCCGGCCGUUCAUGUUUGGAGUUCUAUUUUUGUAAAAUAAUUAGUGGACUAUUUAUUAUAUACAAAACAUGCGAAUAGAUAGUAAAGUGUACAUCGAUUUUCACGCGGUCGAAGUCGCAGGCAGCUGCUAGUAAAUAAUAAUAUCGAAUCCUAGCAGCGGAAAUUGUCUUAGAUCAGAGUCUGAAAUGUUCGAGAAUCUAUCAAUUCUGGUACGUUUGAUUCAAAGCGCAUCUUACUUUACUUAAGACGAGUUCGUACUUCGCACUUAAGUGCUACAUUAUUAAACAAAUAAAUAAUAAAGCCUCGAGACUGGCAACGAUCAUUGAUACUAAUAGAGUUAAGAUAGCACCUUGAACUAUAGGAAAAACCCUGCAACAAAAUUGCUCGACACACGUGAAUAUUACUACUUAUUAGCCUUUUAAUGAAAGGAAACCUAUAUUUUUUUUUUCUAAAAUAUAAAGUAAACCCAAUCUAUGUCGAUUACCAGAUUCCUUACCACAAUACAAGUCCCUAUAUUCAUUAUUAUUUAAGAAUCAUUUAUGAAUCCCGCCCUUGAUCAAAACCAGAGGUUCCUAAACUUUUUUUUCUCAUAGACCACUUUCUAAUUUAACUGGUUCCGGUGGAUCCCCUGCUAAUUUUCUAUACAUAACUCAACAAAAAAAGUGAUUAGAUUCACUUAUGCAAAUUUUCAUUUCAGCUGAAUCAACAGCCACCACGAAAUAACAGUUUUUAAAAAAAAGUAAGAAUUCAUUAAUUAAUUGAUUGUGCUGUGAGUAGGGUGAUUGUGGGAACAGUGGGUCACCCUUUUUUCCGAGUCAUAUAUCUCAAAAACCAUAAAAGCUGUCGAUGUCAAACUUUAGUGGAAGAAACAUAGACUAAUUGGCUGCGUUUCGGUAUACAAAUAUAUGUAUUAUACUUAAUAGUUUUUGAAAAAUAUAUAUUUUUUUCAAAAAUGGCUUUUGAUCCACUGUGUCCUUUAUAGUGUAUACAGUGAGUCAGUUUUCAGGUCACAGUGGGUCAGUUGGGUGUUUAACUUAAAAUAAAAGGUAAUAUUUUUUAUAUAUGUAUAAAAACUGUAUUAAGACUUUGUUUAACAUAUUAUUAAUCCUUUAAUAUUAUGUCAAACAGAUUUUUUUAAAUGUAGUAUUCUUAACUAGUCAACCAAAAGUCUUCAUAUGUAAAAUGUCAAAGUAAAUGAAGUUCUUCUUCUUUAUAAACAAAUAUAGGUACUUAUAAUAUUCAUUCAUUCAAAUAUAACCAACAUAAAAACCACAUUCUAAAUUUUAAACAAAAUAAAUGACUCUUAGCUUCGAGACUUUUUACUUUAGCCAUUUAACAAUUUAAAAGCACUUUCGUUUUUUACCUAACCUAUAAAUCACAAUUGAGAUCUUUGUAAUAACAUUAUUAUCAGCAAAACAUAAAAUUAAAUAAAAACCUUUAUAACAAACAAACUAACGGAUAUCAAUUUGAGAACAUAAGAGCGCAAUUUUGAUAAUACUCCUUUAAUGCUUGUUCUUGCUUAUCCGCGAAAACUCUGUUAACUCUGGUACAAGUCUCACAUUUUCAGGACUUGUGGUUGUGGACUUGUGAUGCUUUAACUUUGGCUGCAUAACGUUGUAACGUCGAAAAUGGAAUUUUCUGUUCUCUAGCAACAGCAAGUAUUUUUUUCCCUGAUUUGACAUCUUGAAGAGCUUUUUACAUAUCUUCUUCGGUAUGAUUACCUAUUUUCCUACAUAACAGGCGUUUCUUUGGCAUUCUGUAAAAUAAAAUUACAAUACGUAGAUGCUAAGUUGAUGGUGUUACGUCCUUUGCCCUGGAGAGCACGUUAAGCCAUCGAUCCCAAUAUUAUAUAGAAAUAGAAGAACCUCGCAGUUCUAAUUCCCAUAGGAAAAAGGUGAUAAUAUAAAGCCUAUUUUACUCCCUGAUAAUGUAGCUUUCUAUUGAAAGAAUUUUUCAAAUCGGUCUAGUAGUUUGUGAGUUUAUUUGUUACCUACGAAAAUACAAAUCUUUCCACUUUAAAAUAUUAGUAUAGAAUAUAGAUUAUUUCAAUAGGUCCACAGUGGGUCGACUCACUGUGCCCACUUUGGAAACGACUCACUGUGUACCACCCACGCCAUUUUAAUUUAACAACGCAAUAACAGAAUACUUCACUGAGAAAGCUAGCUCAAUUUACUAUCAAAUGAGACCUUAAUAAGUACUUAAAACAUAAAAACUUUAACUAACUUCUAACAUUUAUAACUAUGGAAGAAAUAAAAAUUAAAACUUACGUAUUUUUUUUACUUUUGCAGUCACAAAACACAAACUAAUUUCUGUACCGUAUAAAACGCUUCCUAGCGAUCCACUGGCAAGCUUGGCGUGAGUCAUGUUGGAGCGCGAAUAUAAUGUGAAAGAGACGCAACUAUAGACCGUCUCUUUUUCACCAAUAUAUUGCCGACCAAGUGUUCCCACAUGACCCACUGUAGCCACAAUGACCCUAAAUGACAAAAGUAAUAUUGUACAGGCAAAAAGUAAUAUCACCCAACUUUUAUUUAUAUCUACGCACAGCACAAGAAAUCAAUUUACAAUAAUUAAUUUUAUUUAAAAACUUCCCAUUUGGUUGCAUAAACCAGAUAAAUUUUCGUGGACCCCCGCUUACGAAUAGUGAACCCCUAUUUUUAAGGCACUUCAACGUAGACCCCUUGAGGCCCUCGACCACUUUGGGAAUCGAUGAUCUAAAGUAGUAGCUUCUUAUAAUAUGGUGAGGGUUGAAGUCAUAGUACAAUGUCCGAAACGCCUAAUAUUUAAAUAGCCAAAGCGAAUUUAAAGCGAUUUGUUUAAUUAUAUGGUAACUUUAAAAUAUCUACGGUUUAAGGUUCGACUUAAUGAUAUGUAACUAUUUACGUGAUUGGGUUUUAUCAUAUUUUACUUUCAACGUAAGCAGCUUGUAAUUUUAGGAUACAUUUGUAGGUAUACAAUAUUUAUACAUUUGUAGGCACACAAAUAUUUUAUAGGCGAAAAUUUUGUGUGUAAGUGUGUAUGUUUGUUUCUCCAUUGUGCUGCGGCUACUGAAGCGAUUUGGCUGAAAUUUGGAAUGGAAAUAGAUGUUACUCUGGAUAAACACAUCAAAAAUCUUCGUUUUUCAUAAAUCGUUCGCAAAUUCAGUUUUUCAUAAAUCUCGCGGGAACCAUGGAUUUUUCCGGGAUAAGGCACGCAUGAUGCUCAAUAACCUUCUCUGUUUACCUGUAAAAGUCCCGUUUAAAUCGGUUCAGCAGAUCCAGCGACUAGCCCGGACAAUCUGACGAAAAUUUUAAAAAAGCUUGAUUACAUUAGUACCCACCGUGUAAAUAACAUAAACACUUGAGAAAACAGUUAUCUUGAAAUCACAGACGGACACUUCAAUUUUAUAUGUACCUAUAUAUGUAUUGAUAGGUAGAAUACAAUGCAUACACGUAGAUUCCAAAUAUGAAAAAUAUAAUAGUAUCAAAAAUUGCUGAAUGUACAAAAAUAAAAUCCAUGUCUUUGGCCGACACAACUUUUCACUUGACUUUAGCACGAUCAUUUAUAAGUAUGCCAUUUAGUAUGAACUUGACGAGUCACUCUACAACUUAGAUUAGGGACGCGUUCCUAUAACAUCAAUAUUUUAUAAAUGAACUUUCUCUUUGAUGUUAGCAUACUUCGACGGAAGAAUUCGACAAAAUUAAAGUUAGUUCUAACACUAAAAUAAUGUAGUGUUUUCCUGGAGUUUUUAAAACACACAAAAAUAUAUUAGUACGUUCGCUAUCAACCCAUAUUCGACUCACUGCUGAGCUCGACUCUCUUCUCAGAAUGGGUUAGGCCAUAGUCCAACACGCUGGCCUAAUGCGGAUUGGCAGACUUCAUACACGCAGAGAAUUAGAAAUAAAAAUUCUCUGGUAUGCAGGUUUCCUCACGAUGCUUUCCUUCACCGUUUCAGACACGUGAUAUUUAAUUUCAUAAAAUGCACACUACUGCAAAGUUGGAAGUGCAUGUCCCGGACCAGAUUCGAACCCACACCCUCCGGGACCGGAGGCAGUGGUUAUAUCCACUGGGCUAUUACAUAUCUUAAAAAUCUAUACUAAUAUAAUAAAGCUGAAGAGUUUAUUUGUUUGUUUGAUUGAACGCGCUAAUCUCUGGAACUACUGGUCCGAUUUGAAAAAUUCUUUCAGUGUUAGAUAGCCCAUUUAUGGAGGAAGGCUAUAGGCUAUAUAUUAUCCCUGUAUUCCUACGGGAACGGGAACCACGCGGGUGAAACCGCGCGACGUCAGCUAGUAUGAAUAUUAAAAUAUAUUACCAUUAGGUAUUAUGUAAGUAGGUAAUAUUUAUGUGCGUUUUGUUUUUUGCACACAAAAAUAUAACCUACUUACUUUAUUAUGUAGCUAAUAUAUUUCUGCAUUCAUUUAUUCAUAAAGUAUUCUAUAUUUUAGCCAAAAACAAUGGACAUUUUCUAGAAACUUUCGAGGCAAACGCCUUGACAUUAUGGAAGUCUGAGCUUGAACUUGCUUGAACCAACGGUCUGCGACAUCUGCGGGUUGUAAACAAAUCGAUUAAAUAUAUUAAAAACUUUGCAGUUUUAUUUUGUAAUUUAUUUUUUGUACACAAUAACAGAAUUUAAAUUUAUUUUUAAAUUUCAAGAAAAAUAUAAAGACUGAAUACCUGUAGUGUUUAUUUUUCUAAUAAAUUAACGACAAACUAAAAAUUGCGGACGUCAUGUUUUUGAAUACCUACUUAAUCUCGCAAGAGAUAGGUAAGUAUUCAAGAAAUAGCACAAAUGUUAAAAUAUUGACACAUUAAUAUUUUUAAAUCUUGGGUUUCUUUACCUCGGAGGCACACUCAUUUUCGAAAAAGAGAAUUUACUAGUAAAACCUAGUAUUAUUUUACUAAUGAAAAUUUUAAUUUACUAGUAAAAACUAGUAAGUUCACGGGUAGAAGUAGGUUAUACUAUAUGUAUGUACUAUAUACUAUAUGUAGGAUACGGGGUUUUACAAGUAUAUUUUAUAUUCGUAAGAGUACCUACGUACAUAUGUAUAAUUAUUAUAUUUUUUGGCAAUAAUUUCUAUAUUGGUGUUAUACAGGAUGUUUCGUACGAUUUCGAUUUAGUUUUUGAUAAAGAACCCUAAAGUUAUGGGACAUGUUAAAUUCACAUCCUGUAUAAAUUAACCGACCUGUUUUGGCAGUAAGAACGAAUGUCUAAAAAAUUAACAUUAUUUAUUUAUUUGAUAAAUUGUUUUCACUGUUAAAUUAAUUACUUUCAAAUGUUUGAGAUGGUAAAUUGGGUCUUUUACUGCUCUUUAGUACAUAAGGAUUUAUAUUAACAAUGAAUGUAAUGUAAUUAAAUAUACCUACUUAUUGUUAUGUUAUUUGUUUAUUUUACUACCGUUAGAGCUUGUUCACACGUCAUGCAUCCUUCAUGGACUAAUCAUAUUCAUUACAACGAAUAGAAGUUCACAUUUUUACUGAAUCGUGAUAUACCUACCUAACCUUGUACUAUUUGUCGACAAUGACAAUAAAGCUGGCCCCAUACAUUCAUUUUCCGUGUUCGGAAAUCCGAAUGCAUGAUAAAAAUAUAAAAUACAUUGACGCAUACUUGCGUUUUUUUCCGUACGGAACUAAUUCCGCGCGUACGUAACUUACGAUCGGAAUAAGGGCCCGCAUACGUUACGUAUGCGUGGAAUUUGUUCCGUUGAUGUUUGUUGUGCGUCAGUUAAUGUAUGUAUAUCGAUUUCAUUUUCCGAACACGAAAAACGGAUUCUGAAAAAAACGUGUAUUUACUACAGCAUCAAGUGACUCGACAGUCUCAUAAAUUCAGAUACGACUGUCAAAAUAUCAAGUUGUAUAAAUCACGAUUUGGUAAAAAAAUAUACGUUGAUGUGUGAACACGCCUUUAGAAUAAUAAGUAUUUGGCGUAAUAGUUUUGUUCUUUUAUAUGUGAACGGGAGUGGUAAUUAAAUUUAUUGGACAUUAUCUAAAAAAAAUAAAUCGUUUAAAUAUU